GGAUUGGACUUUUUUUGCAUUUCUUGCUUUCAUUCUUGUCUCAUGACCUUGCAGAAAGAAUGAGUCGCAGGAAGCGCUAAUCAGCUUGAUGUGGUGACAUCCUCUUCAAAACGUCCCGGAAAAGACCUUUGCUCACCAUGCGCAGUUGGCUCGACCUCUUCUGCUUUGGGGGCAUGUCGACGGCCCGCCGCGCGGUGCUUCUCCGGGUCGGUCUCCUCGUGGCACUCGUGGGCGCCUUUCUUGGUGCAGCACCCAGCUUCGCUUUUCGCGGCACUUUGGUGGCGGUGGCGCCCAAGAUGAACACGAUGCUGAACCAGGACACGGCCAGCGUCUAUUCCAACGAGAAGAUCUUCUUUACCCCGCGGCGCGCGAAGGUGCCACGUGACUUUGGAGGGAAGCAUCCAGAGGCCAUCUUCACGGCACUGGUGGCAGGAAUCGCCACCUACUUGAUGUCCACAUUGCAGGGCCUUUUGCAACGACAACUUUGGGUGCCGCCCUUCGGUGCAGUCACGCUGAUCUUUGCCGCUGACGCCGUGGCGGCCGCGAAGGAAGGAAAGACCAUGUGCUUCAAGACCAUGUGGCAGAAGGCAUGGCAGGCAUGCAUCGGUGUAGCAGGUGCAUGCUUUUUGACCGUGCUUCUAGCACGCCUCCUGGGCAACACUCCCUCCGUCUUGCGUGCGGUGGCCAUGUUCGUGGCCGCCUUGUCGAUGUUGGCGAACCCGCAGAGCGGCUACUUCCCCCCCGCCGGCGCCCUGUGUGCCUUGUAUGUGGAGAAGAGCGUGAGCAUGGGCAAGGCAAUGUUGCCUCAGUACUCAUAUGCCCUCUUCCCUUGUGCAACUGGUGUGGCUUUGUUGCUGAUCUUCUGCCGCACCAUCACCUACAUGGCCCAUCCAGUGUGGCCUUUCUCUUCCAAACAACAACGCGAGAAGGAGCUAUUACCACUGCCCUGAGAGCAGAGCCGUGUCACCUUUAAGGGCGCAGGUGUGCCAACGUACACUAGUGCCUUGAGUGUUGUAAGUUAUAUGCUGACCAGCUGCCCUGUCACAAUCCUCAAAACUCAGGAGGGCACCAUACUUCUGGCGC